AUGGAUCUGAAAAAUGGAUCUGUAGUGACUGAGUUCAUUUUACAAGGAUUUUCUGCAGGAUGGGAACUUCAGAUUGUCUUCUUUGUGACAUUCUCCUUGAUCUAUGGGGCUACUGUGCUGGGAAACACUCUCAUUAUGGUCACAGUGACUUGCAGUUCCACCCUUCAUUCUCCCAUGUACUUCCUCCUCGGAAACCUCUCCUUUUUGGACAUGUGUCUCUCCACGGUCACCACACCCAAGAUGAUCAGAGACUUGCUCACUGAACACAAGACCAUCUCUAUAUGGGGAUGCAUAGCUCAGAUGUUCUUUAUGCACUUGUUUGGAGGUGCUGAGAUGACUCUUCUGAUAGCCAUGGCUUUUGACAGAUAUGUGGCCGUAUGUAAACCCCUGCACUACAGGAAAAUCAUGAACCACAGGUUGCUGAACGGGUUUGUUAUACUUUCAUGGACAAUCGGUUUUAUACACACCAUGAGUCAGAUGGUAUUAACGGUAAACCUGCCUUUCUGUGGCCCCCGCAUCAUAGAUAAUAUAUUUUGUGACCUUCCCCUUGUGAUUAAGCUUGCGUGUGUGGAAACGUACACCCUGGAGUUAUUCGUCAUUGCUGACAGUGGACUGUGGUCACUGAUUUGUUUCCUCCUCCUGCUCGUCUCUUACACUGUCAUCCUGGCCUCCGUGCAACGCAGACCAUCUGGGGGCCUCUCCAAAGCCCUGUCCACACUGUCUGCCCACAUCACUGUGGUCAGUCUGUUCUUUGGGCCGUGUAUCCUCAUCUAUGCCUGGCCUUUCAAGAGUUUCGCCAGCAAUAAAGUCCUUGCUGUAUUUUACACUGUUAUCACACCCUUAUUGAAUCCUAUUAUUUACACCUUGAGAAAUCAGAAAAUGCAAGAUGCCAUGAAAAAAUUAAGGUUCCAAAAUGUUAGCUCCACACAAAACUUUUAG